UGCUCAUUCUCUCCAUGAGCUGUCACACACACACACGCACACGCACACACACACACACCCAUACACACACACGCGCGCGCGCGCGCGUAGCGACGCGUACACACACGGAGCUCCUGUGUGUUGGAGCAAACCUCUGCUCCGUCUAGUCUCUCGGCUGCCGAGCCGCAGCUGGUUUGAUUCUGCGGGCAGCGCGGAGCCUCGUCGUGACAAGAGUUUUGGGGGAAUCGGCUGAAGGAGGAGUGAGCAGCGGAGAAGGAAGGUGGUGUCCUGCAGUCAGAUGCGCAUACUCGUUCGAACACAUGGCUGACAGCAUGAGGGCUUGAAAGAGCGUACAAGAGUGAGGGAUCUUAAGGCGCCCCAUCAUAGAGAGCAGACGGAGUCUCUGGCCAGUCCCCUGCUAUUUUGCAGCUGUGUUGGAGUCAGCAAGUGUUCUUCAGUCUUGCAGAGAAAAUGGGAUCUCUCUCUCUACAUGCCAUUUCCCUGUACAUGGGUACGGGCCAGAGCAGCGUAAAGCCUUCCUGGCCUUGAAUGAGACCUCUGGGGCUGUUCUGUGGAGGUAUUUGUGAUAACCCUCCUGGAUGUUCUCUUGUCACCCUCCUCCCUGGUAGUCAUUAGUGGCUAAUGAGCUGCUGCAGGAGACCAAAAGGAGAAUGCGCCUGUUAAGAGAGGCGGGACCUUACAGCUGUUAUUAAGAGAACCAGGAAUCUCAGACAAGAAGUCUUUGCCCUUCCAAAAAAAAAAAAAAAAAAAAAUACAAUCAAAGCCUUUGAAACCAGCAGCUUUGAAAUCAUGAACAUAUUUUAACUCUGAAAGUUUUGAUAUGUCUUCCUUUUCUGGUAUUAAUUAUUCAUAUUUUGUGUUAGUAUUAUGUCUGUUGACAAUGACACGAAUCAGAUCAAAGACGCAAUAUUUCGACAUUCAGCCAUUGAACAUGUAUGUGUUACUUUUUAAAACUGAAAAUUAUUAACAAGAGGAUCUUUUAUGAAACUUUGUUACACGUCUCUGGUUUGUUGUAAAUUUUAUUACCUUUGACCGUCUUAUGUUCUGAAAAAAAAUUGGCCACCAUGGCAGCAGCCUAUCGUGUCGUUGUAAGCAGUGUGAGCUGCUACAACAGCGUGGUGGUGGACCGACGUGCUCACUCCCAAGCUGUGCACUACUGUGCAGGGCCAUGCGGGGCGCUGUCCCAAGGUUUAGACUGCACCGUUGCACACCGUGGCACGUGUUCUGAGUUUCUUGUUGCCCCUGAUGCCACAUUCAAUGACUUCAACAGCUCGCCCAUACAACCCCGUAACAUGAUCUCUCCGCACCUUCCUAACCAUAAUAAACUUUGUAUUUCCAUGGAUACUGUUCAUAACGGUGGUCUGGAGAGGGCGGGCAGCAGUGACAAUUUGUCUUUAGGGGAAGUCAGCCCCACAUGGCGGGGUAAAAAGACCUCAAGUGGCACAGGAUCUAUUGGCAACCUGAGCUGCUCUGGCAGCUUGAAGGACAUUACUGAAGAGGCCAUUAACCUGGCCAGCGGCAAGCUCAAAGAAUUUUCUUUUGACAAGCUCCGCCUGUCCUCCUCUAGUCACGUUACUCUCCGCAAAGGUCGUAAAGUACGCCCUGACUCAUUUAGUCGUCGCUCAACUGACCUGGAGAUCAUCUAUGGCCACUUCAGCUCCAGUCUUACAGCAAACACAGCAACUAAUAGUAUGACAAAUGGAAUAAUUACUUCUAAUGAUGAAAAUGUGCCACCAUUUAUGCUAGGGAAAGGAAAUGGAGCAGAAGAAGCAAAGUUAAAGGGGAGCUCUGGUUCUCUGUCAGCCACCACAAAAGUGGGUAAUGGCUCAACAAGCAGCCUUUCAAGUAUUGGAUCACUGGACCAGAGUCUAAAUACCGUGGCAUCACUGUACCGCACCACCCUUGGAGAGGAGAACCUAAUUGCCCGACUGCUAGAGAAGACAAGGGCAGAGGCUGGCAGUGGGGGGGCAGGUGGUGAGGACAUCCGUGCCUGCCUUGACAUCCUGCUUAAAUGUUCUGAAGACCUAAAGAAAUGCACUGACAUCAUCAAACAAUGCAUCAGGCGCAAGGCAGGUGGAGGGCCAGAGGAUGGAGGAACAAAUCCUGACAGUGUUUAUCGGGCUGUGAUGACCCGACUCAGCUCCUAUCUUAAGAGACUUCCUUUAGAGUUGGAAGGGGUUGGAAGUUUGGGAGGCACGGGGCAGGGUGGUCAAGGCACACCUGGAAGUGGGCAUAGUGAUCUCGCUGAAUUGAUCAACACUAUUCACUCCAUCCAACAGGGACCCUUUUCUCCCAUCUUUGGCAAUGAACAACCUCCCCGCUAUGAAGACGUUGUGCAGUCACCUCCCAUAUCCAAGAAAUUUUUACACUCAACAACUUCUGCUCCUUCGUCAGCUUCACCUUCGUCCACAUUAUUAAAAUCAGAUUCCACCCAUACCAAAUCAGUCCAGAGUUCAGUUUCGCCAAAGGGUACCUCACUUACCAAUGGACUACAUGCUUCUUUGACCACCCAACACACUCUAUCUCCUCCACCUGUAACAUGUUCGCCUUCUAGUUCUUCUCCAACACACUCACCCUCCCUUCUUCGAAACUCUCCUACAUCAUCAUUCACACACACUCCCCCGACAUCACCCAUGGAAGCGCUAUAUAUCGAGGAAGAGGAGGCAGAAAUCGGAAAGACUGCUGAUCAUAUCUCACAGCUGACACACAUGCCAACCAGAGGGAUUAACAAUACCCAGAACAAAAAUGGAACUAUCACGGGGCAACAACUGCACUUAUCCCAAUCUAACACAACUAAUAACUCUUCACAUCAUUUGCCAGGAAGCUCUGGCUACAUUCCCACUUGGCCUUCCUCCACCUCUUUAACAGUCUCAACACCCAAAGCUACUUCACACAGAAAUGAUGACAUUGAUAAGCUACUGAUGGACUUGGAGAAUCUCUCUCAGAGUAUGAGCCAUCCUAGAACCACAGAGCCUCCACUUCCUGCUAAGACCAGGAAGAGAGGAGGAGCACAAGCUGUUAUCUCCAAUGAGUCUCUUACUCAAGCCAGAAUGGCUCAAUACCAGGUUCAAAAACCAGCCAGCCACCUGGCCAUGAAUGGCGUUAACUCCAGGGUGACCCAAAGCCCCACUCCUCCUCAGGGAGAGAACAGUGAACCUGGCACUGGAGAUGAAGAGGAUGGGGCACUGUUGUUGAGAAUUCUUGAGAGCAUUGAAAGUUUUGCCCAGGAACUUGUUGACUCUGGGGCAGGGAGUUCAGAUAGUGCGGAGAGAAAAGUUGGAAAGGAGAAGGAGGUGAUGAGGCUCCUGCAGGAUACACUGGUCACUGCCGGUAGGGCCGAAACACCAGACAACACAACCCCACCGGUAGUCCCCACUGCUCCCUCCACGCACACAGCUAUAGUCCAACCUGUGGCCUCAAACCACACUCAGGAAAAUCCGCCCAAGGUUUUAUCUGCAUUAGCUUUUAUAAGUGCAGCAUCUGAAGUGGCGUGCAAUGCUGCAGUUGAAUCUGAACCUAGAACUACAUCAGAUGCUGAUCCAGAAAAUUUGUCUAAGUCAGUGCCAGAUGAAACUACUGAAACUCCUACGGUCGAGGUUCGUUCAGAAUCCCCUCCUGCUUCUGGAGCUUAUACAGCUGGAAACCUUCAGGAUUGCACCCUUGAAGAUGAACCUGCACCUGCAGUCUCUGUAGAAGAACCAUCUUCUGUUGCCAUAUCAGCCACAGAAGAUGCCGUCAUUGCUGAUGGUGAACCCUUGGCUUCGACAAACACUGGUUCUACCCUUCUCAUCCAGCAGACUCCAGAGGUCAUCAGGCUCCAGCCCAAACUGGAAAAGAAGCCAGGAACACCUCCUCCAGCGCCGCCCGCAACCACAGCGUCUCCGCCCCCCACGCCACGUUCGCCGAGCCCUCCUCCAUCGCCGGUGAUCAUCACUCCCCCUCCUCCCGCCGUUAACAUUCCCAGGUUCUACUACCCUCGUGGGCUCCCUGCCCUGGGCCCGACUGCCAACCACGACGCAACCAUCGCUGCCAUAGAGACGGCCUUCGCCGAGUUCGAGGAGGAGAAGGCUGACAUAUAUGAGAUGGGCAAGAUAGCAAAGGUGUGUGGAUGUCCGCUUUACUGGAAGGCAGCCAUGUUCUACGCUGCCGGUGGUGAGAGGACAGGCUUUGUGUCGGUUCACUCAUUUGUUGCAACAUGGAGGAAGUUGCUACACAGUUGCCAUGAUGAUUCAUCGAGGUUUAUUUAUCUGCUAUCUAAACCUGGGCUUACGUACUUGGAACAGGAAGACUUCAUUCCUCUUCUCCAAGACAUUGUGGACACACACCCUGGACUCACGUUUUUGAAGGAUGCCCCUGAAUUCCACUCGCGCUACAUUACUACGGUUAUCCAGCGGAUAUUUUAUGUGGUGAACCGCUCCUGGACGGGCCGCGUCACCAUGACAGAGCUUCGCCGGAGCAACUUCCUGCAGACUCUGGCCCUCCUGGAAGAAGAGGACGACAUCAACCAGAUCACCGACUACUUCUCCUACGAACACUUCUACGUCAUCUACUGCAAGUUCUGGGAGCUGGACACCGACCACGACCUCUACAUUGACCCCAAGGACCUGUCGAGAUACAAUGACCACGCAUCCUCAAACAGAAUCAUCGACAGGUUGUUUUCCGGUGCUGUAACCCGGGGCAACGCCGUGCAGAGAGAAGGCCGGAUGAGCUACGCUGAGUUUGUCUGGUUCCUCUUAUCUGAGGAAGACAAGAAAAACCCAACCAGCAUAGAGUACUGGUAUCGCUGCAUGGACGUCGAUGGCGACGGCGUUCUCUCCAUGUUUGAGCUGGAAUACUUUUAUGAGGAGCAGUGCGAGAGGAUGGAGAGGAUGGGCAUUGAACCGCUGCCCUUCCAGGAUUUGCUCUGCCAAAUGCUUGACUUGGUCAAGCCCGAGAAUCCAGGUAAGAUAACCCUGAGCGAUCUGAAGCGCUGCCGGAUGGCUCACAUAUUCUUCGACACAUUCUUCAAUCUGGAGAAAUACCUGGACCACGAGCAGAGAGAUCCAUUUGCAGUGCAAAAGGACAUUGACAGCGAAGGUCCAGAGCCAUCUGACUGGGAUAAAUAUGCUGCAGAGGAAUAUGAGAUACUGGUAGCAGAGGAAACUGCAAACGAACAGCUCCAUGAAGGGACGUUUGAUGACGACUAUGAAUCUGAGGAGCUUCAAGUCCCAGGAGAGAUUGGGAAUAAGAUGGAAAAACUGGUCAUAUCCGACCUGUCGGCAUAAAUCUCUUUUCGUGGAUCUGCCGGGCAUCUGCGUGUGGGUGAAACAUGCGUGGCGUGACUAUGCAUUCACACACAUGAACAGCACAAUAUCUCUGCUCUUUGAUCCAUUUGAGAAGACAGUCGGUGACGGUGGAGAGAAAAAGAACUGCUUGAUAAGCUCGCCGGAGACGGGGAGAAAACUGCUUAACUGUAAAAACAAACAGAAAAAAAAACUUAUUUGUGAAUUUUCUACUGACAAUCAUGCCAAAAGACAAUCUGUUUUCUUUUCUUUCUUUUAAAAAAAAAAGUUUAUACUGUUGCUGUGCCAAAGGUUAGACCGACGCAGAGAAACAUUUAGCUGAGAGCUCUUUAAAGUUGUUAAAGCCACUGCCACUGAGGAUCAACAGCGCUCUCCUCCCUGUGACGUACGCACAGACCCGGCCCUCAGGAACUUGCUGCGUGUGCAGUUUGUCACUGCGUUUCUGGUAAAGGAAGUUGUUAACACUCAAGUCCCCACAGGGAGAGGUCAUGUAACAGUUCGGGAACGAUUGCAACACCAUCUCCUCUCUGUGGCCAGUAUGGGCUACUGCAUGGAUCAGGACCACUGGGUUUUUACUUGCCGUGUUGGUGUUGGUGGUCCGGUCCCCCUCACUGCCGGAGAUGCUCAUCCUCUCCCGGACUCCCCCCCCCCACACACACACACUCCCCUUUUGAAGUCACGGACUGUAAAGCUCAAUCCCUGCAUUUCAGAUGACGUCGAGGAAAGACGCACAUGACAGGAAGUGUGCUGCCAGUCGUAUCAAACUCUCUGGUAGGGUUGUCCAAACAUUUCCACGUGUCACCUGUGUGAUAAUGCAAACAGUAUAUUUUAUUUUAGGAUAUGUGUGUCCCACCUGCUGGUCUCCUUCAGCAUUUUUUUUUCUUUAUUUUUACACUUUUAUAUCUCUAAUAUGCUAGAUCUAACAACUAAUGUCUCCUGUCCCCAAGCACAGGCACAGCCCAGUAUUAUUAGUUAUUAAAAUAGGUUAAAGGGUAUAAAAAAUUAUUAUUGUUAUUAUUAUUUUACAAUUUCCUUCACCAUGUUGAACAGCUGUCUGUUAAGCAUCUUUUGUCCAGAUGUUGUAAGUUGCCAUUCACAUGUGCGGUGAAUAGUGACUACACUUUAUGAUUUGCAUACUUGUUGUUAGACAAAAACAAUUUGCAGUUAAAAUUAUGAAGUUGUUCAUGCUGAACAUGCUGUUCUUUUGUUAACAUUUCGGUCUACCCCAUGUUGUUAGUGGCUUUUGCCCUAUUGAACACAGCAUACACGAUGUACCAUAGCUUUUCUGACAUCUUGUCCCAGUCACUCGGAUCACACAGAUUGAGGGAAAACUCCUGAUUGUGUUCUUUUUUUUUUUUUAUUUGAUUUUUUUUUAAAGGGAUGGUUAAACAUUUUGAAGUGAAGUUCUAUAAAGUUUAUCCGGAGUUGAAGUCAGUAAAUAACUCUCCUGAUUUAAUGAAAAUCCAGAUUAAUUGAAACUGGAGGUUGAAACUAGCAACUAGGACCAAACUGAAAAUGAAAAAACUUAAAAAGUGUCAAAAACUAAAUAGCAGUUUGCGUUAGCUGGUUUCUUCUUGAAACUGCCGUCCUAUUUGUAUUGGAUUGCUUUUUUUUUUUACAGACCAAUUAGUGAAAUUAGUGAGUCACAAUUGAACGUCCUGAAUGAAACACACAGUAACAACAGAAUUGACCACAAUAAUCUGCUUUGGUCUCAGCCCCUCUUGGACUAGCAGUUCGCUUUGCCCUCCAGGACCAACCAAUCUGGAUUGAAACUAAACAACAAUAAUAACUCCUUAAUUUAUUAUUAUUAUUUUUUUUAAAUAUCCGUUUAAAUGACAUUAUUUACUUAUGUUGCACUCACAGGGACAAGUGCCUGUGUCUACCUAAGCUAGCACCAUGUGAAGGCUUACAAAAUCACUGGUGGAAAAGUGUGUUUUAGGAGCACUUGUUUGGUGUUGCCAUUAAGGUUGUGCUGAAUAGCUUUGCAUUGCACAGGUUUUGAUUAUUAUUAUUAUUUUUAAAUCAGGAGUAGAUCUGGUCUUGUCUCAGAUUCACUGCAACAUACCUCCUCUUGUUGUACACAGUUUGUAUUCAAAGGGAUUUAGAGCGUCUACCUUAAACUCUCCAAUUCUGCUUUAUACCAAUUGUAAAUCUAUCUUGUGUAUUAAACUGUACUUUAACAACUUUCACAAUAUAAGCCAUUAAGCCAUUCGAGCUGUGAUAAGCCUGAUUAUUUUAUGACUUGUCAUGAUUUGUAUUGUUGUGCCACUGUGUGGCUUGGUAGGGGGGAGGGGGGAAGGGGUAAAUUAUGGUAGAUGUGUGUUUGUUAGCUUGUUAGAUUUGUGGAGUUUUAUCACUAGAAUUAGAUGAAAUCCUCCGUUUUCUCCAUUCUGACAAUCACACAAACGGAAACCUUUAAGCUUUCUCUCUCAUACAACACUCACUCUCUGUAUGUAAAAAGAAGAGGGUUGUUAUACUUAACAUUUCUGUUCUAUGCAAUGUUGUCCCGGUGCUCAAAUGUGACGCAUCACAAGAUGAAAGAAGCCAUGCGGGACUGAAGAGUUAUAUCUCUGUAAGGAGAGAGGCAGGAAGGACUUUUAUUGUGACAUUCUUUCUCUUGUACAGAGACGACAGGAGGAUGUUCAUUGUUGGAUAUUGUGUGGGCAUGGUUUUUGUUCUUUCCUGCUUUCUUACUUGCUGACUUUCUUUCCCUUUUCUUAUGCUGCCUUAAUCUGAAGUUUAUGGUUAAGACAUUUUCAAUAAAGCUGCUUCAGUAA